AUGGCCAUAGUGGCAGGGGGAGGCCUAGUCGUGCCUCUGAGCAGUGGUGUCUUGUUCCGCCGUCAGUGCUGGACCAUCUCUGAUAUGUUUGAGGCGCACGAAGGAGGCAAAGCCAUGGGCGCCUUCAUGCUCGGACCAAAGCUUGGCCCCAUGUUCGCUCCCAUCACUGGCGCUGCCCUGGUCACCCGGUGGAGCUGGCGCAGCACGCAAUGGUUCAUGGUAAUAUAUGGUUGGACUGUAUUCUUGAUCAUGGUGUUCUUCAUGCCGGAGACGGCAACGAACCUUGAAGAGAACCAGCAGAACGAGCGGGCGAAGUCGACGAGUCCUGCGAUGAAAGUCGUGAAUUUCUUGCUGAAACCCACCCAGACGCUACCUUGCUGCAACACCUUCGCCUUGCCGCCGUACUCGUGGAGCUCCAUCAUCGUCGGUGUUCCGUACUCCAUCAUCGUCGGUGUUCCGUAUAUUCCCGGCGGCCUGGGACUGCUGUUUGGUGCAAUCGUUGGCGGCCGCUGGCAGGACUAUAUCAUGAAACGGACGGCACGGAAAGAGGGACGUUUUGACUACGAUGGCAAUCUCAUACUACACUCGAUUGACCGCCUCCGCGAGAACUGCUUGCUUGCGGUUAUUCUCUUCCCGAGAGCAUUGUUGUGGUGGGGGUGGACGGCGGACAAGCAUGUCUUCUGGCUGGUGCCUUUGAUUGGCAACUUCUUCUACGGCUUCGCGGGAAUGAUUCUCACCAAUGUGACUAUGACGAUGCUGACGGAAUUCACACCCAAGAGGUCAACCAUGGGUGUUGCAGUGAACAAUUUGCUGCGUAACAGUUGUCCUAUCACGACGAUGUCUAUUCCCAAAACCAACCAGGAGUGGGAGGCUUUGAUCUCCUCCAUCUCGGCCUCACUACCAGAAUCCCUAAACCAAGAGCAAGCUCCAACGCCAGCCAAAGUCAACCGCACAAUCGACCACACCCAAUUAGCAUUGACAGCAACUCCAGAUCAAAUAACCGAGCUCUGCACACAAGCCUCAAAAUACCAAUUUGCAACAGUAUGCGUCCGCUUAGCCCACGUUGAGCAAGCCGUGGCGGAACUUCGCUCUGCGCCAGAAGUAGGUGUCGCCUGCGUCGUUGGCUUCCAUGAAGGCAUGUACGAAACCUCUGAGAAGGAAGACGAGGCCCGUAAAGCUAUCUCGUUAGGUGCCACGGAGCUCGACAUGGUCCUGAAGUACCCUCUGCUCAAGACAAAGCAGUAUGUUGAAGUCUACGAGGAUAUCUUGGGCGUGCGGAAUGCUGCCCCUGCGCCAGUUGGCCUGAAAGUUAUCCUAGAGACCUCGCAAUUGACGCGUGACGAAAUCAUUGCUGGCUCGGUUAUUUCGUGCUUGGCUGGUGCGGAUUUCAUCAAGACGAGUACGGGUUUUAAUGGGGCUGGGGCGACUGUUGAGAAUGUGGCGUUGAUGUAUGAGGUUGCUAAGGCUGUUGGGAAGGGGACGAAGGUUAAGGCGAGUGGUGGAGUACGCUCUGCGGCGGAUUGUAUCAAGAUGUUGAGGGCUGGAGCGGAGCGCAUUGGGGCUAGUUCGGGGGUUAAGAUUGUACAGGAGUUGGAGGGCGAGCAGGUACAAGAUGAGGGUUCGAGCGGGUAUUAG